AUGUAUAUAAUCAACUAAAUUGACCAAAACUUUUUCUCAUGUCUAACACAAUCAAUUACAUAAUUUUAUAUAAUGAUAUUAAUAAAUUUUCAUAAAUUUAGUUGAUAUCUAUAAUUGUGAAACUGUAUCUACUAUUUAUACUUUGACUUUUGAGUCAUCAUAAUAUCUAUCCUGGAAAACAUCAAAAUCUUAACCAAGAACUACUUCAUCUUAUAAGCUAUUAGAACCAAAAGUAUAAGUAAUUUAUGCUCUUUACUUUUCUAGUUUCUUAUUAUUAUUAAAGCUACUUCUGAAUAUACAGUUAAACUCUAUCAAAAUUUAUAAGCAUAUUUUAAAUGUAAAUACUAUUAUAUCAAAGUGAAAAUGCUCAAUGUUAAUUUAAUAUCAUUUAAUACCUUGGAAGAGUGUUAAUUAAAAGAAUUUAGAGCAUUUACAAAGGAAGUUAUAUCAGAUUAUGUUAGACUAUUAUAACAUUCUGGUUUUCAAAUGACUGAAGAUCUAGAAAUCCAGAGAGCUGAUCAUAAACAUGUGCACACAAUAAGGUAUUUGAAAUAUAUUAUGAAGACCAUGCUUUAUUCCAGAUACAUCUGAAGUGAAUCAAAUUAUUUGUGAAUUUCAUUUAAAAUUGGGAAUAUAUCAUCAGAAAUUAAUAAUAAUUAGUUCAAAUACUAUAUAUCCUGGAAAUUAGAGGUUUCAAAACCUUCGAGUCAACAUUCAAUUUAUUAAAAAGGAUUUGAAAUGA